GUGUGCCGGUGAAGAAAGUCAGUAGAGAGAGCUCCCCAAGGCGCACAGGCAUCCGGGGGCCACUUCACCUGUGUGAGGACUCCUGCGUGAAGACGAGAGGCUGGGAGCCGGACAAGCUGCAGACCUGAAGCUCAGUGCGCUCUGCACUGUCUGCUGCUGCUGCGAAACACUGACACGAGCUGAAACCGCGAGUUCAGAAAGAAAAGAAAAAAGUGUUUAACUUUUUCUCCCGCCGACCCGCUCCGGUGUGCACCGCUCCUCUGUGACGCAGCGACUCUCUGGCACUGCUGAGCUCGGAGCGGCCCUCGGCUGCUGCGUUGCGUGUCCGACCUACAAGUCAGCGCCGGGACUUAAGAGCCCGCUGUAAGGAUGAUGUCCUACAUAAAGCAACCCCAUUACACCAUGAACGGGUUAAACCUGCCUGGUCAAGGAAUGGAUGUGCUUCACACGACCGUCGCUUAUCCAUGGUUCGCAGCCACUCCCCGGAAGCAGCGCAGGGAGCGCACCACCUUCACCCGGACACAGCUGGACAUCCUGGAGGCGCUGUUCUCCAAGACCCGCUACCCAGACAUCUUCAUGAGGGAGGAGGUGGCCCUCAAGAUCAACCUGCCGGAGUCACGUGUGCAGGUUUGGUUUAAAAACCGCCGUGCCAAGUGCCGCCAGCAGCAGCAGCAGAGCAGUGGCCAGUCCAAGCCGCGCCCUCCCAAGAAGAAGGCCUCUCCAGUGCAGGAGCCCGACGCCCCUGGUCCUGUCCCCAACCAGUCUAGCUCCUACAGCCCCUCCUCUGGCCAGUCAGGGCCCAGCCUGGCACCCAGCACUGGAAACGCAGCUGUGUCCAUCUGGAGCCCGGCCAUGUCACCCCUGCCUGACCCCCUGGCUUCUUCCUCAGCCCAGUGCAUGCAGCGGCCCUCACCUUACCCCAUGAGCUAUGGCCAGCCAUCGGCUUACACCCAAGGCUACGCCAGCACCACCUCCUACUUCACUGGCUUGGACUGCAGUGCCUACCUGUCCCCCAUGCACUCGCAGCUGUCGGGCACCGGGGGCGCUCUCAGCCCCAUCACCGUGCCCUCAAUGGGGGGCUCCUUAAGCCAGUCCCCGGCCUCUCUGUCCUCACAGGGCUACAGCACAGCCUCCUCCCUGGGCUUCACCUCUGUUGACUGCCUGGACUACAAGGACCAGCAGGCCUGGAAACUGGGCUUCACCACAAUGGACUGUCUGGACCACAAAGACCAAAACUCCUGGAAGUUCCAGGUGCUCUAGAAAGCGAGGGGGAACUUGUAAAGGUGUGUCAGUGAGUUCUGUUUGAGAUAGUUUGAGGCAUGUUCUGCCCGAGGACUUGUUAUCCUUGAUUCUCAGUUUCUUGUUUGUAAGGUUUUGUUUGAUUUUCUAAAGUUGAUCUCUGUAGAGAUGCAUUUCAUGAUGAGAGGACAGUGACUGUCACUAACGCAGCCUGACUGCAAACCGUCUCCUCUUCAUGUUCCGAUAACCAAGACAACAAAAGCCUUGAAAGUGUUUUCAGGAGAAGACGAGUGGAGACACCGAUCCAUCUCUCCCCGUGUGACAUGAUUGUGAAACUCAGCGACAUGAACUCUACACUUGUUCGUUUUGUUUUAAACCUACGUUAUAUUUAGUGAACGAUACUUUAACAUGAAGGGGCUCUCGAGUCCUUUAGGUCACUUCCUCUUUCAGGGUCAAUUUAUUUUAAGCUACUUAUUAUUAUGUUAUCCUACCCUUACAUAUGUAACCGGUUGCGUUUAGAUCUUUUUGACUAUUUGUGUUGCGUGUUACAGUGUUAGUUUGCUCAUUCUGAUCUGUUCAGUGAAAAGUUAGACCUUCUGUUCUAGUUGUGUGACAUAUUAAAGUAAUUCAGUCCA